AUGAAUAUUUCUUCUAUGCUAUCAAACGAUAGUAAUACUGCUUCCCAGGACGUUGGCGGGAACUUUGAUGAUAGUCAAAGGAAUAAUGAUAAAGGAGGUAGUCAAGACGCAAAUAGCAAAAAAAUGGGCACUGGCGAAGCAGAAGACCAUGCUAAUGGAAAUGCUAGUGUUGAGGGAAAUGGUAUUGCAAAUCAUGGAUCGGCCACAAAUGGCAAUACUAAAGGUACUGAUGAUUCGUCUAAUGUUAAUAUUGUUGAAUCUAUUAUACCGAAACCAAUCAGGCCAACGCGUUCGAGUAUAGAAUCGGACGAAGAAGAUGUUGGCAAGAACUACAAUAGCAUAAUUUCCAAUGACCUGGAACAUAUAUCCCAAAGGUAUUUGGAGAAUUUUGAAGACAAGGUAAAUGCGAUUAAUAAGAUAGAUCAAGUAUUAAUAAAGGGCAAUAAUAUGAGAGUGUUAAAUCAAGAAGAAGAAAACUUGAAUAUUCUUAUCAGGAACUCAGGCGAAAUCGCUGAAAAUUAUAUUGACAGAGUAGUUACCGAGGAUAUUUCGUCAAAGGCGAAUAUCUUGAAUGGCAAGGAUUCGGUGGGUAAAGAAUUCAAAUGGGGUUCUACCAGAGAUAUGAAAAAGCGUGAACUAGAGUUAGAAGUAGAUAAUGCCAGUAAAGCCGAUACGGCAGCUAAGAAAGGAGGAAACAAAUCGAAACAAGGCGCAACAAAGUCGACUCCUGCUAAAAAAGCAAAGGCCAAGCCAAAGAGAAAACCACUGGCAACUGAUGACACUUCAGAGGAAAGCCAACUUGGCAAGAAAAGAAAAACUCGCGCAGGUUCAGUUUCUGGAGCUUCUCAAAACGAUGAAAAACUGGCUAAUGGUAAAGUUAAAUUAAAAUUAACUUUGAAAGAUCAAGCAGAGGAAGAUUCGGCUAGUGCAGAUGCAGCAUCAAAAGUAACAACUAAAGAACAGAAGAUUAUUACCAAGCAGUAUGAUAAUACAUUUGUUUCCAUUUGGAAAGAUUUAUCUAGAAAGGAUGGUCCUAAGGUAAGUAGGUUGAUGCAACAAUCAACUCAAGCUAAAAUGAUUAAUCUUAAAAAGACUUCUAUUUUGGCAGCCAGAGAAGCUAAGAGAUGGCAAUUAAAGAAUAAUAGAAAUCAAAAGGAUUUAACUACGAAAGCCAGACGUGCAAUGAGAGAAAUGUUCAAUUUCUGGAAGAGAAACGAAAGAAUAGAGAGAGAAUUGCGCAAGAAGCAUGAAAAAGAAAUACUUGAUAAGGCUAAGAAGGAAGAAGAAGAAAGGGAAUCGAAGAGACAAUCGAGGAAAUUAAAUUUCCUUAUUACUCAAACAGAGUUAUACUCACAUUUUAUUGGUAAGAAAAUUAAGACCGAUGAGUUCGAAGGAACUGAUUCUGAUCCAAAUGCUAACUUUAAAUCUGCUAAUCAUCAUUAUGAUAAGUAUUCAAAUAUAGAUGGAGAAGGUAAAGAUUUCAAUUCAAUUGAUUUUGACAAUGAGGAUGAAGAAUCUUUGAACAAGGCUGCUGCUGUUAACGCGCAGAUUGCAUUGGAGGCAGCCAAAACGAAAGCGCAAGCUUUUGAUAACGAUCCUCUUAAAAAUCCAGAUACUAAUGGUGAGGAAAUGAAUUUCCAAAAUCCUACUUUAUUAGGAGAUAUAAAUAUUUCCCAACCCGAUUUAUUGAAAUGUACUUUAAAAGAAUACCAAGUAAAAGGGUUGAAUUGGUUGGCAAAUUUAUACGAGCAAGGUAUCAAUGGUAUUUUGGCAGAUGAAAUGGGUUUAGGUAAGACUGUUCAAAGUAUCUCUGUUUUGGCCUAUUUAGCGGAAACUCAUAAUAUAUGGGGACCUUUUUUGGUCGUUACUCCAGCAUCAACUUUGCAUAAUUGGCAACAAGAGAUUAGUAGGUUUGUCCCUGAGUUUAAAGUGAUUCCAUAUUGGGGAAAUGCCAAAGAUCGUAAGGUGUUAAGAAAAUUCUGGGAUCGUAAGAAUUUCAGGUAUGGAAAGGACGCCCCAUUUCAUGUUUUAGUAACGUCUUAUCAAUUAGUUGUUGCGGAUGCUGCAUAUUUUCAAAAGAUGAAAUGGCAAUACAUGAUUUUAGACGAGGCACAAGCUAUUAAGUCAUCGCAGUCCUCGAGAUGGAAAUCAUUACUUUCCUUUUCAUGCCGUAAUAGGUUGUUGUUAACGGGUACUCCAAUUCAGAAUUCUAUGCAAGAAUUAUGGGCAUUAUUACAUUUUAUCAUGCCAUCAUUAUUUGACUCUCACGAUGAAUUCAGUGACUGGUUUUCAAAGGAUAUUGAAAGUCAUGCGCAGUCGAAUACAGAAUUGAAUGAGCAGCAAUUACGGAGAUUACAUGUCAUCUUGAAACCGUUUAUGUUGAGGCGUAUAAAGAAGAAUGUCCAAAGUGAAUUAGGAGACAAACUUGAAAUUGAUGUGUUCUGUGACUUGACUCAUAGACAGAAGAAGUAUUAUCAAAUGUUAACAUCUCAAAUUUCAAUUAUGGAUUUAUUAGAUUCUGCAAAUAAUAGCAGUGACGACAGUGCACAGUCGUUGAUGAAUUUAGUCAUGCAAUUUAGAAAAGUUUGCAAUCAUCCAGAUUUAUUCGAGAGAGCAGAUGUCAAAUCCAGUUUUGCUUUCGGUAGGUUUGCUGAAACGAGUUCGUUUUUGAGAGAAACAAAUGAAUUAGAAAUGUCUUAUAGUACAGAAAAUCUAAUCAAGUAUAAUAUGCCAAGGAUAGUUUAUGAAGAGAUUUUGCAACCAACCUUUGAUAAUGAUGUUGGAUCUCGUAAGAAGAUCAAUAAUAUGUUCAAUAUAUACCACCCAUCAAACAUUGCUAAUGAUGAAUUGGAAAACUUCAGUUGGUUACGAUUCGUUGAUCAAUCGCCACAAGAGAUGAAUAAUUUAUCGAAACAAAAUAUAAUUGAAAGAGCUAUUAACAAUAGAGAAUAUUCAGACAUAAACUAUGAGAGGAUUAACAGAUUGAAAUACACAUAUGAUGAAGAUAAUGAAAGCUUCCUUCCUAAUUCCAAAUUAUUAUUGAUAAAUGAGUUGCAAAACAAUCAUGCUUUGAUAAGCAACUCUACUUAUUUGAAAGAAUUAUAUUCAAUUAAAAAGAAAGUAUAUGAGGAUAUGGUUAUUAACAACAUGAAGCCAGCAGCAGAGCCUUUAGUAAAAGCCCCUCCAGUUGCUGUUGUUUGUGAUAAUAUAUCCUUUGUGCAUGAUCUUCAAGAUUCCUUAUUUGAUCCUAAAAUUAGGUCAAGCUUAAUGCCGUUACCGUUCAAUAGAGAAUUAGAGUUGCUUAAGAGUAGCAUUCCAAUCACUGAAUAUCCAAAAUCAAAUAUGCUUCCGAAUGCAAUCAAUAAGUUCAUUGACUACUCUAAUAUAAGAAUGCCAUCCAUGAAUAGGUUUAUUACAGAGUCAGGUAAAUUAUCAAAGUUGGAUGAACUACUCGUUGAUUUAAGACAGAAUGAUCAUAGAGUUUUAAUUUACUUCCAAAUGACUAAAAUGAUGGAUUUAAUGGAAGAAUAUUUAACAUAUAGACAACACAAGUAUAUUAGAUUGGAUGGUUCAUCCAAGUUGGAUGAUCGUCGUGAUCUUGUGCAUGAUUGGCAAACAAAACCGGAAAUUUUCGUGUUCUUAUUAUCAACCAGAGCUGGUGGAUUAGGUAUUAACUUAACUGCGGCUGACACUGUUAUCUUUUAUGAUUCAGACUGGAAUCCGACAAUAGAUUCUCAGGCUAUGGAUCGUGCUCAUAGAUUAGGUCAGACACGUCAAGUUACGGUUUAUAGAUUAUUGACAAGAGGUACAAUUGAAGAAAGAAUGAGGGAUAGAGCUAAACAAAAAGAACAAGUUCAGCAAGUUGUUAUGGAAGGAAAAUCAGCAAUAGCAAAUAAGGAAGAAUCUGGUAAUAAGAAGAAGGAUGUAGCGUUCUUAUUAUUAGGCAACGAUGAUUCGUCUGCAGCUGCUUUGAACGAUGACAGCGAAGAGAAACAAAACUUACAGGAUUCUAAGAAAUCGCAAGCUAAGAAUCUUGAAGAUAUGUAUCAUGAAGGAGAAGGUGAAUUUUCUGGUAAUGUUACACCAUCUCUUUAA